GUCAUCAUUCACUGCAUAGAUUUGUGACAGACUCGUUUGACAAGUUCACCUCAAAGUCUCGUACAAAAAGGAGUGCAUGAAGGAGAGCAGGUGCAGAUUCCUGUUGAUUCUUGACAAGGGCCUGUCAGGCUUGUUUGAUUCCAGCUGUUACCUCAGCUUUCUAAAAAGACGUGGAGCAAUGCUUCGCUGGAUCAUCAUUCUCAUGUUCGUCGGCAUCUGUGCCGGAGCCGCAGAGCCGAAAAAGAAAACUGUGAAGCCUAAUCCCAUAUCAAAAGGAUGGGGUGAUGAAAUUAACUGGGUUCAAAGUUAUGGAGAGGGUCUUUCAAAAGCAGUCAAGAGUCAGAAGCCUCUGAUAGUCAUUCAUCACAAAGACGAGUGCCCAUACAGCCAAGCUCUGAAGAAAGCAUUUGUUGCCAAUGACACCAUCCAGAAAAUGGCUAAAGAUGAAUUCAUCAUGAUCAACUUGGUGGAGGAAACGAUGGACAAGAAUCUGGCUCCUGAUGGUUACUAUGUUCCACGAAUCCUCUUUGUUGAUCCGUCGCUGACUGUGCGUGCAGACAUCACCGGGAGGUACGGCAACCGCCACUACGCCUACGCGCCAGAAGACCUCGGAGUCUUGCUCAGCAACAUGAAAAAAGCGAAGGUGCUGCUACACAACGAACUCUGAGGACGAUCUGCUUCAGCGGAUUCCAGCUUCCAUUAAAACCACAUUCAUUAAAACACUUUUGUUUACAUUAA